CUACUACCAACGAUCUACCAUCAACAAUCCUAAUAGCCGCCAACAUGAAGAUUACCUCUCUUUCGAUUGCUCUUGUCCUCUCUCUUGCUACUGUCGUGGCUGCAUCUCCUGCCGCGGCCAAAACCUGUCAUAAGAAGCACUGCCCCAAGGAGAUUUUGAAGACUUGCUGUAAAUCCACGGAUGGGGAGGGCUAUUGCGCCGGGGGCUACUGCUACUGCGGUAUCGCCUGUCUCUAAGCUACCUGGAGGUUAAUAAAUGGAUAUUCUUCUGUUCUUGGGAGAAGGCUAAUCAGAUGGUGUACAGCUUGAUUCAGAUCUGCAAAAUGGCGUGUCGUUGAUACAAGUCCAUCCAAUUGGCAUAUUUCAAGUCAUGUAUCUAUAGAGAGA